AUGUCGGAUUUACGUAAAUCUCUGCUGAGUCGUCGAAAUAAACGUACAGGCCCGACAUCUGGUUCAAGUCAAAAUUUUCUUCCUACAAAAUGGGAUAAAUACUUUGAUAAAGAAUUUACUAUUGCCUUGGAUCAAGGAAAGUUUAAUUUAUACUCAAAAGGCGAUAAAGGACCUGUUAUACUAUGUUUACAUGGAGGUGGAUAUUCAGGCCUUACAUGGGCUUUAUUUGCCGCUGAUAUAUUUGAAGCAAUAGAUUGCCAAAUAGUGGCCUUGGAUUUGAGAGGACAUGGUAAAACAUUUACAAACAAUGAUGGAGAUCUAUCUUUGGAAACCUUGGCAAAAGAUGUGGUGGAUGUAGCCAAUAAACUAUCGGAGGAGAUUGAUGAGUCUAUAGUAUUGGUUGGACACAGCAUGGGAGGAGCUGUGGCUGUAGAAGCAUCAAAAAUAAUAAAGAAUAUAGCAGGGCUAUGUGUUAUAGAUGUUGUGGAAGGUACAGCCCUGGAUGCGCUUUCUUCAAUGCAGAGCAUAUUAAGAGGAAGGCCUGCAAAUUUCAAGAGCCUGCAGCAUGCUAUACAAUGGUGUUUCAAAGGGGGUCAAACUCAUAACAUAGAGGCCGCAAAGGUGUCGAUGCCCGGACAAAUUGUCAACAUUAAAAUCGGCACAAUCGCCGCGGAUGAGUGCGAUGCGGAGUCGGAGGUCGAGGUUUUGACUAAUAAAACCGCCAGGGAGGUUAUAGCUUCGGCUUACACGCUCUCGGAGGUCGCUGAGGAGGAUUCGGGUGGUAGCGAGGCUUGUACCGAUUGCGGUAAGCCUCCCUUACCGAAAUCGCUAAAAACGGACGGUUUCGCACCACCGGCUAAUAACGACGAUGCGCCCAAGUACACCUGGCGGAUAAACUUGAGCAAAACCGAGAACUUUUGGAGUGGCUGGUUUAAAGGGCUCUCCCAAAAGUUUUUGGAUUUGCGCGUGCCGAAAAUCUUGCUUUUGGCGAACAUACACGGGCUCGAUACGGCUCUGACUGUGGGUCAAAUGCAAGGCAAAUUUCAGCUGCAGGUGUUGUCAAAGUCUGGACAUGCUAUACACGAGGAUCAGCCGCAGCAUGUGUCGGAAAUAAUAAGCGAGUAUUUGGUUAAGCAAAGGCUUGCCACUCUUAAAGAUGGCUACUCCAACCCCCCCAUGCCUUGCUCCUAA